CUGUAUCAUCCCUCUCCUCCAUCCAGGGUUAGGGCAAAAUCACACUCUAAGAAAGCAUGGCGUCCUUGCAGCUCCAGGAGCGCGCGCUUGGAGCAACCCUGGGACUGAUCGCUGGAGCUGGAGCUGUUCUCUACGAGCGCCGGCUGCUGUGGCGAUCUACUGCCAUCACAGGACACGCAUUGUCUGGCGGAAACAUGCCACUGCCUCCCCCGAUCCCUCCUCCGGAGCCGCUCUUCGGGAAGAAAGAUCGAGAGGAGCUCGCGCACGCCUGGAAUCUCAGCAUCGAUCGCUACUUCAAGCCGAUCAUCGCCGAGCUCUCGGCCAGAGGCUGGUAGAAGGAAAUGGAAUUGAGAGAAACAUUUUGACCUAAAAAUAAGUUUAGUCUAGCCUAGUCUCCCAAGAGCCCUAAUCGAACAGGAGCUCGCGAUUGCCCCAGAUUUCUCCAGAGCGCGCGAGCUAGG